UAGCUUACGAGUGUCUUCUACUCUUAAUGGCCACGUUUUGCAGCCGUAAAGUAAAACAGAACGGACUGCCGCGCAGUAUACUCGUCCUUUUAUUGAUAGACGGAUAUAUCGCCUUCGCCAUAGGUGGCGCAAGUUGGCAAAAGCCAAACGAGCUUUUCGAAUCCGUGCUGAGAUUUCGUCAGACACCAACCCAUUAAGGCUGAUCAGACUUCCAAGAUAAGUGAAGUUGUCAACGCGUUCGACUACUUCACUCCCUAUCCUUAGUUCAGGUGUUGACGCAGACCAGUCCUGAAGCAGCAGCUUGCAUUUAGAGGGAGAGAAGCGCAUUCCAAACAUUCUGGCAUUGUUGCUUAGUGCUGCCAAAAGACUGCAUUUUGUCAGCGUC